CUCUAGUUGCUUAUUAUUAUUCACUUGAACACACAAAUUAACAUAAUUAAUCUACAAUAUAAUAAAAAAAAAUAGUCAAAAUUAAAGAGAAAAAAAUUAAUAAGUACAAGCAUUUAUUUACAAAUUUAAGUGACACAUAGAAAAGUUUAGUAGUACACAGUUGAUUAAAUCAAUAAAGUUAGAAGAAAAAAAAAAAAAGUAAAAUCUAAUAUUGGUUAUAUCACACAGACAUAUCUCAUAGUUGAAUAGAACAAAAAAUAAUAAUGAAAAUUGUUUCUAAUCUAUCGAAUAAUUGCUAACUCUUGAAUCAAAAAAAAAAAAAAAAAAAACUAGUGAGUUGUUAAAAUAAUUUACAACAUUACUGUUUGGUAAUUUGAAUUAAAAUUAUAACGAUAAUUAUGGCAACGAAAAAACGUGUACUGUUGGGUUGUACUGGAAGUGUUGCAACAAUAAAAGUUCCUGAAAUUUGUAAACAAUUAACAGAUAAUAAUAUUGAUGUGAGAAUAGUUGUUACUGAAAAUUCAAAACAUUUUUUAAAAUUAUGUGAAUUACCAACUGGUACACAAAUAUUAUCAGAUACUGUUGAAUGGGCUGCAUGGCAAGAUCGUGGUGAUCCAGUAUUACAUAUUGAUUUAUCUAAAUGGGCUGAUUUAUUUUUAAUUGCACCACUUGAUGCAAAUACACUUGGUAAAUUAUCAUCUGGUAUUUGUGAUAAUAUAUUAACUUGUGUUGCAAGAGCAUGGGAUCCAACAAAACCAUUAUUAUUUUGUCCUGCAAUGAAUACAAUGAUGUGGAAACAUCCAGUAACAGCACCACAAAUCGAUAAAUUAAAAUCUUGGGGUUACAAAGAAAUAAAUUGCAUUACCAAGACCCUCAUGUGUGGUGAUACUGGAAUUGGUGCAAUGGCUGAAGUUGAUACAAUUAUUAAUGCAACACUUAGAUCCCUUAAUCUUUGGGAAUCAUAUACACCAACUGAAAAACGUUAUAAUCAAAGUAAAUCUGUUAAAUAUGUAAAUUAAAUUUUAGAAAAUGUUCUAUGUUGAUGAUAGAUGUACGAUAUAAUAUACAGCGAAUAAAAGCGACCAUCAUUUUUUCAUAAUAAAA